GUAUGACUUCAUAGCAAACAAAAGUACAAAAGUCUGACAUUUGUAUGGUUUGUAUUGAGAGGUAAUGUGAAGACACGAGUGAUCACUAGAUCUCUAUCAUUGAUAACAAUCUCCUUUUGAUGGUUAGGAGCUAUUAGUGUCACUGAUAUGAAUGGCCACCGACUGUGAGAAGCGAUGAAACUUCUGGAGAGCAGUCGCUUCGAGGCACUCAACUCUGCCCUUCACUUCGAUGCCCAACAGUACCAGAUAGUGGCCAGAGUGGAGAGCUAUUCGUGCAAAAUGGCGGGCAAUGACAAGAAGCUCUACAAGACUAUGAACGCUAUGGAAGGCAACGAUUUGCAGGCCUUAUCACCGCCGCAGACGGCUAUCACUCCUCACUCGCACAGCCCUCACAAGGCCUACAGCCGAAGCGCGAGCGAUGGUGACGGAGAGGGCGGACACCUGUGCGACACAAUCAGCCGCAAGACUCUCUUCUAUCUGAUCGCCACUCUUAACGCUUCCCAUCCGGACUACGACUUCAGUAACUCCAGGAGCGAUGAGUUCAGCAAAGAGCCCAGUAUUAAGGCAUGUAUGGCUGAGCAGUAA